AUGGUUCAACCCUCCAACCUUCCAUCUCCUCUCUUCACGCCUCCUCCAUUCUCUGUUCCUAACCUUCCUCGUUUCCUUCCUUCACCAGGCAGGGAAGUUUCUAGCCAAGCCAGACAUGUCCCUUUGCAUCAAGGGAUGUCAUCUCCACUCUUCAUUCAUCUCCACUCGUCAUUCAUCUCCACUCUUCACUCAUCUCCACUCUUCAUUCAUCUCCACUCUUCAUUCAUCUCCACUCGUCAUUCAUCUCCACUCGUCAUUCAUCUCCACUCUUCAUUCAUCUCCACUCGUCAUUCAUCUCCACUCUUCAUUCAUCUCCACUCUUCAUUCAUCUCCACUCGUCAUUCAUCUCCACUCGUCAUUCAUCUCCACUCUUCAUUCAUCUCCACUCUUCAUUCAUCUCCACUCGUCAUUCAUCUCCACUCGUCAUUCAUCUCCACUCGUCAUUCAUCUCCACUCGUCAUUCAUCUCCACUCUUCAUUCAUCUCCACUCGUCAUUCAUCUCCACUCGUCAUUCAUCUCCACUCUUCAUUCAUCUCCACUCUUCAUUCAUCUCCACUCGUCAUUCAUCUCCACUCUUCAUUCAUCUCCACUCGUCAUUCAUCUCCACUCGUCAUUCAUCUCCACUCGUCAUUCAUCUCCACUCGUCAUUCAUCUCCACUCUUCAUUCAUCUCCACUCGUCAUUCAUCUCCACUCUUCAUUCAUCUCCACUCUUCAUUCAUCUCCACUCUUCAUUCAUCUCCAUCCCUUCUCUCCGUCCCCCUUCUCUCUCCUCCUUUCACCACCAGGCAGGGCAGUUCCUGGCCAAGCCAAACAUUGCGCCCGCAGACCCCUUCCCUCUCAUUCGACGCACCGUCGAGGCUGAGCUGGCAUGCGCUGACGUAGCAGGGAGUGACGUGGCAAGUGCUGCUGACGUGGCACGGGUGCGGCUGGAAGACGUUUUUGCGGAGUUUGAGGAGGAGCCGGUUGGUUCUGCUUCCAUUGCCCAGGUGCACAGGGGCAGGCUGAAGGAUGGGCGCCGUGUGGCCAUCAAGGUGCAGCGCAAGGGGGCAGAGCGCCUCAUGCUGAUGGACCUCGCGAAUCUGCGUCUCUUUGGCGCCUUCCUGCAGCGCACCGAGCUCAAAGUGGACCUGCUGGGUCCCAUUUCUGAGCUGGAGCAGCAGAUCCGGUACGAGUUUGACUUUGAGCACGAGGCAGCAGCCAUGGAGCGCAUCAGACACGCCCUGGCACAGCCGGCAGGAGGCGAGACGGCAGGGGGGAGGCGGGAGAGGCAUGGGGGGAUGCGCAGCAGCCGGCGCGCUGGCAGAAGUGGCGUGGGCCGUGGAGGGAUUAGCAAGGCGGAUAGGGCAGAUAAGGUGGAGAGGGUGGGGAGGGUGGAUCAUGCGGGGAGGAAGGCAAGACCUGGGGAUCGACAAAGGGGUGAAGGUGGUGGGAGGAGUGCGGAGGUGGAUACACGGGCGUCACCUGUCAUUGUUCCAGCAGCCAUACCAGGACUCGUCACCAGGCGCCUACUGGUGAUGGACUUUAUUGACGGCACGCCCAUCCUGAGACUACCCGAGGAGAUGCGCCGGCGAGGCAUCAGCCCCGGUGGCGCACUCGCAAGGCAGACCAAGAGUCGCAUCUUCUCCGCCCUAUCCACAGCAUACGGCCGCAUGCUGCUGCAGCACGGGCACUUUCAAGCAGACCCCCAUCCGGGCAACAUCCUCGUGUGUGCGGGGGGCAGGGUGGCUCUGCUGGACUACGGCCAGACCAAGCAGCUGCCUGAAGCGUUGAGGCUGAAUCUGGCUUGCUUGGUGGUGGCGAUAGCAGAUGAGGACAUAUUGGCUGUGGGCUCGUGCUUCUGGGCCAUGGGGAUAGAGACGGCCAAGACAGCAGGGGAGCACCCCAGCAGCUUCCGCCGCAUGGCCAUGAUAAUGUUUGACACCGGCACCAGUAACGGGGUUACCAGCGCUAACCCGUUCGGGGAGGAGAGCUCGCUCAAGAGCAAUGCGAUGAAAGCUUUCCCAGCGGACAUCUUCUUUAUAGUGCGCACCAUGAUGCUGCUUAAGGGCCUGUCUACCGGCAUGGGUCUGUCAGUGUCCACCGCCAAGCAAUGGCGCCCCAUGGCUCUUCGGGUGCUCAGGGAUGCAGAGAGGCACAGACAUGCAUGCAUAGAUGCGGUGUCUGAUGAGAAUACAGCAUGGAUGCAAAACCUCAAGGAAGAUGGCGCAAGCAACAGGGUUAUGGAGCCGUCGGAUUACCACGGCGUGAAGGCGCUGCUGCGAACCUUCCUGGACGGCAAGAGGUGGGACCUGCCGGCCUUUGUGGACGCGGUCACCUCGGGAACUCUGGGCGGAGGCGCAGCCGGGGAAGGGAACGCUGCUGGCGGUGGUGCUAACGGUGGUGGUAGCAGUGGGGGUGGGAUUGGGAGUGUGGCGACGGUGGUGAAAGCAGGGGAUGAAGGGAGCGUGCUGGGGCUCACUGCUUGCCUGCCGUUGAUCUGCAAGUCCAAGGGGUGGACGGCGGAUUUUGUCCGGUUCCUGCACGAGGGGUGUGACAACAGGGCGCAGUGGGACGAGCUGUGGGGGGUGAUGCAGAGGGGCCGUGUGGGCGUGGUGGUGUGCGAGCGUGUGGCCAACCUGCCCUUCCAGCUCGUGCCUCACCUCUUUAGAAGCACACUGCAACCUAUGCUGGAGAAGGGAGCACCGGUGGAGAAGUUCCUCAUUCUCACCCGCAUGUACCGCCAGACGGGCAGCAAGGCGGCAAGGAAGCAGCACAAGGGAGCGGGGAGCAGCGGCUCAGAGCUGUUCUUCCCCAAGCCAGAGGACGAGCUCCUCAAGAAGCUCGCCACGUCAUCGUAUUCCUUCCCUGUCCAUGCCAACGUCAUGGCCUCCAGACAGCUGAAGGGCUUUCAACACCUUCGCCUAGUGAUGCUCCUUUCAGCAGCACAAGUGCGCAACUUCCUAGAGCAAGUUAAUGACAUGAGCGAGCACUUAGGUCAACCAUCUGUCAGCACCCUCUCUCGCUUCACCUCCACUCACUGCAACCUCUCCCUCCUCUCCUCCCUCCGAACCAUCCGCAUCUCCAGCCGUUGCUUCCACCAUCUCCCAUCGUCCAUUGGCGAUUUGCCCUCGCUGGAGCACCUCGAGAUUAACGCGUUCGACCUCCGCAUGCUGCCUGAAACCCUAGGCCGCGUGGGAACGCUCCGCGUGCUCAAACUGGAGUCGGAGCGCCUCACAUCCCUCCCGGAUUCCUUAGGCGGGUUAUCCAAUCUCGAGGAACUCCAUCUGUCGCAGUGCGCCGCGCUGACCGCGCUUCCGGAUUCCCUCGCGGAACUCUCCCGCCUAUCCCGGCUCCGCCUGAGCGAUUGUAGCGCGCUACAGCUUCUCCCGGCCGGCACAGCGCAGCUGACCGCACUAGCAACCCUAGAAGUUGUCCGAUGCGAGAGGCUAGCCUCUCUCCCGGAAGACAUAGGGUGUCUGGUGAGGCUUGAGAGCAUGGAGCUGAAGCAGCUGCCGAGUCUGGUAGGGUUACCAGAGUCGAUAGGGCACCUGGGGGGGCUGCGGGUGUUGGAGGUAGAGGGGUGCGAUGCGCUGCGGGAGGUGCCUGAGUCCUGGGCGCAUCUGUCGGGGCUGGAGCGGCUGUGCGUGAAUGGCGCCCGGCAUUUGACCACCCUGCCGCCCUUCCGCGUUGCUUCCUCUGCGUUGGGUCUUGGUGGUGGGAACGCUGGCGGGUUGAGGGCUGCAGGCUUGGACGCGAGUACUGCUGCUGAUAGUACAGAGGCAACGGCUGCCAGCACACUAUCCACCCUUCAUGCGUACGCAACCGCAUUAUCCACCAACACACCCAGCAGCAGAACGAGCGCAGCAGCUGCUGCUACUGCUGCUGCUCCAGGGUCUUUGGCUUUCCGUGGCCCACCCCUCCCUCUUACCAAUCCUCCACCACUCUCCUCCACCCUUUCCUCCCUCCGUUUCCUGGAAAUUUCCGAUUGUUCUUCGCUUGUUUCCCUGCCCGAAGACCUAGGGCAGCUUCCUGCCCUCGACACGCUCCUCCUACUCAAGCUCCCGUCUCUCGAACGCCUGCCCGAUUCUCUCGGGCAGCUGCCCGCGCUGAAAGUUUUCGGCCUAUCGCUCUGCCCGCGCCUGGAGGAGCUGCCCGUUUCCAUGGCAAACCUGCCCGUGCUACAGUGCGUGGUGAUACACGACUGUUGGCGAUUGGCGUCCCUCCCUCCCAACGCCCUGAAGCAGUGGGAAACCUUAACGGAGCUGAUUAUAGCGGAUUGCCCUGCUCUAGACGACCUUGGGUUUGGGCUGGAGGGGGCGGAGGGGGAGAGGGAGGGGGGGAGGAAGAGGCGGAGGUGGGCUGGUGCGGGAUGGAGGAGAGUGAGAGGGGGUGGGAUGGAGGGAGCGGGGAGAGGGGAGGGGAGUGGGAUGGGGAGGAGGCGGGUGGGGAAAGCUGCGAUAGAUGAUGAUGACGAUGAAUUUGAGGGGGAUUCUUCAGAUGAGGAGGAUGAUGAGAGUUACGUGAGCGACGAGGAGGAAGAGGAAGAGGAGGGAAGUGAGGGUGAUGAUGGGGAUGAUGAAGAGGGCACCGGGUCGGAGGACGAAGAGGAGACGUGGGACGAUGACUCUCCAGUGCACUUCCCCUUCCCUACCACAUCCACAGCCACCGCAUCGACAUUCCGAUCCACACACAUCCCAUCAUCUUCCUCAUCACCAUCAUCAGCAGCAUCGUUCCGGCCGGCACGGCAUUUACACCACUACGAGAGGGUGCUCUCGCGCCUCUCCCACCUGCACUAUCUCGAGGGCUGGCUGUCCGGCAGCCCCCCUCUGCUCGCCUACUUUGAAAACUCCUUCCCCCACGGCCUCUACUCCUCCCUGCGCCUCAAUUCCUUACCUGGACCGUCCCCUCUAUCCUUCAACCCUCCGCAAUCGUCCAACCCUUCACCUGCUUGCAAUCCUCUGUCUUCAAUCAUCACCCCACCCCCGCCUGCGUCUGAUUCGCUUGGUGCUGGGAUUUCCCUGCCUGCAGUUGUCCCACCAGCAGUCACUCCUUCAACUGCCACGUCAGCAGCAGCCACAUCAGCAGCACCUACCACUGCACCAUCACCACCGCCACCGCCACCACCACCGCCACCGCCACCACCACCGCCACCACCACCAGCAAGGGCUCCUGUUACCCCCGUCAGCAGUUUCUUUUCAUUUACUGCGGCCUUUGGCCUGGGUGGAAGCAGGUUCGGCACAGAUGGUGCUGCUAGCACAGGAGCAGCAGGUGGCAGCAGCACAGCAGCAGGUGGAGGAGGAGCGAAGGAUCAAGGCAAGAGCAGUGCUGUCAGCAAUCCCAGUAGCAAUCCCAGUAGCAAUCCCAGUAGCAGCAGUUUAGCCACUCGCCUCAGCAGUAGUCCCAUCAGUAAUGCUCCUGCUGAAGUGGAUACAUCUAAAGCUUUCCGUGUCGCAGCACCGCAAAUCACAUCAGAGCAGCCGCUGAUUGGUCCGCACUUGACGGUAGCUCACCCCAGGCCAGCUAGCCCAGAUCUGUUCCGCGGAAUCAAGGUGGCCAGGCUGCUAGCAGCGGCGCCCUUCCUGCUCGCCUUCCUGCUGGCGUCGCUCACCUCCCCAGUGCUCAUCCCCGUCUUCCUGCUUGCUGCUGCCGCCAUGCUCUUUGCCUCCCUACUCGCCUCCUGGGUGCGCUCCAGAGACGACGGGGGGAACACACUCAGACAGGUUGCCAUUCGAGCAGCAGGGGCAGCAGCGCUGGUGGUGGCAGCGGUGCCGGUGGUCGGGCUGGGCAUCAACUACAGCGCGCUGCUCGCCUUCUUCCACAUGCACCUUGCCCCGCUCCCCGCCCUGCCUCCCCCUCUUUGCCUCUACGUCACGAGACCCGUUCUCUUGCAUCCAUCCAGAAUCGCAACAGCAUCCCCCUCCCCUCAACACCCCCCUCCUUCUUCCUUUUCCUUCCUUGCACGACCUCUUCUCACCCACAGGUGGCGAUACGGGCAGCGGGAGCAGCAGCGCUGGUGGUGGAGGCGGUGCCGGUGGUCGGGCUGGGCAUCAACUACAGCGCGCUGCUCGCCUUCUUCCGUCUGUGCACAAUCUCCCAUGCUUCUCUCAACCCCUCCUCUCCCACAGGUGGCGAUACGGGCCGCAGGGGCAGCAGCGCUGGUGGUGGCGGCGGUGCCGGUGGUCGGGCUGGGCAUCAACUACAGCGCCCUCCUCGCCUUCUUCCACAUGCACCUCGCCCCGCUCCCCGCCUCCCUCGCUGCCCACAAACGAAGAGGCCUCUCCGCCUCUGCUGCUACUGUGGGUUCUACUGUGGCUUCAGCAGGACUUAAACCCACAGAUUUGCCGGCAUUGCUUGUCUGUUUCUGCUUCGGGGCGGCAGUGGUGUCUCUUUUCUACCAACUCCCGCCGUCCAUCUUCUCCCGCUCCUUGGCGCUGGGCCACAAGCUUAUAUCGAGGAUGGAUAGAAGCGCAUCAGAGGCAGCAGGAGGGGGCGCCAACGUUGUUGCUGUUGCUGACAUGGUGGGCGUGGGCAUGGCGAGGGGCGCAGCGAGGGCGUGUGAGGCGUUUUGUCUGGCAGCAGCAGAGGCAGUGGCGUCCAUGGUGCUGGGGGCACAUGUGGCACAGCACUGCGCCAUAGACAACCCAACAGGCUUCAUCCUCCUGCCUCUCGUGGUCCUCUCUCUCGACCUCCUCACAUCAGCAGCAGCCAUACUCUCCGUCUCUGCUGCUGCUGGCUCCUCCCGCCUCCCUCACUCCCUCCCAGUCGACUCCUCCUCUUCCUCCUACUCCUCCUCCCCGUUCUCCUCGCACUCGCCUCUCUUCCGCUCCUCUCCACGCUCGCCCAUGGUGCGGGGAUCAGUGCUGCCCACAGCAGCAGAGGAGGUGGUGGGCUGUAUAUUCAAUGGAUACGCCCUCUCUCUUGUGCUAGCUGUUUCCUCCUUCGCCCUGGCCACCAGGUGGUUGCUAUUCACGGAGCAAGCCCCUCUAGCCUGCCUGCACUUCUUCUGCGCGCUCCUCGGCAUGCUCUCCUCCAUCCUCCUCCUAUUAUUCCCCUGCACCGUCCCUUACCCAUCCGAAUCAACUUCUUCACAUACGUACCCCUCAUGCAUGCAUUUCCCCCUCCUCUCUCCCCCCCCCAACCCCGGCAUGCCCCAUCCCCCCACCCUCCCUCACCUCACCCCAUCCCCUCACUCUCCCUCACCUCACCCCAUCCCCUCACUCUCCCUCACCUCACCCCAUCCCCUCACUCUCCCUCACCUCACCCCAUCCCCCCACUCUCCAGGCCACCAGGACGCACAUGGCAUGGACGCACACAACAUGACAGCACCCAGCACGGAUGCCUAUGGCAUGGGUAUGCAAGACGGAGGAGGCAUGGCAUCAGACCACAUGGCAGCAGCAGGAUCACCACAUCUGCUGCAACAGCAAGUGUCUUCAGACGCAUCAGCAGCAACAACGGGAGGGGUAGGGGGAGGGCUAGGGACAGGAGAGAUGCCAGCAGGAGACUCCUCAUCCUCGUUACAUUCUUCCUCACUACAAUCCUCUGCACUUCCACCCCACGCUCCAAGCUCAUCAGCAUCUGCAUCACCAGCAGCGGCGGCGGUGGUACGAACGCCAGUCAGUCCCUUGGAGGCAGCAGCAUCAGCUGUAGCGUCGGCUACUAGGGGCAUGGGGUGUGGUGCUUCUUCGCUCUGCUCUCUCCUGCUCGUGCAUGCCUUUGUGGCGCUCGUCUCUUCCUACUCCAGCACAGUGCUGCACAAUAUUGAUUUGUUGCGGCCAGAGCUGCUAGUGGCAUGCAUGGUGGGGGCAGCAGUGGUGGUGGGAGGUGCGGCGAUGGCAGGAGGUGGUGUGACUCGGUGCACGGCCAUUGUUGUGAGGGAGGGAAGGAGGCACCUGCACCACCGAGCCGAGGAGAAGACAUACCCACGGGCGCCCAUGGUGUUGGACGAUCCGUCUCGCUUCGUGGGUGCAGUGGCGGCUGUGAGCCUACGGGAGCUGCUGCUGCCAGGCCUACUUGCUGUCGCUGCACCAAUCGCCAUGGGCAUCAUAGUGCGGUCAGUGGGAAAGGCCACCCUCCAGCCUCUUCUCGGAGCGAGAGCGGUGGCGGCGCUGCUGCUGGUUGCGGUGCUGGUAACGCUGCUGCUGGUGGCGCUCUUCAACGGGGCAGGCAGUGCGUGGAGGGGCGCCAGGGACGUGGUGGAAGCAGGGCAGCUGGGAGGGCCGGGAAGCGAAGCACACAAGGCCACCAUCACUGGUGACUCGGUUGGUGGCACUCUACGUGAGACGCUGGCACCCACGCUUCACAUCCUGCUCAACCUUCUCGCCACGGCUGCUUUAGCAGCCGCUCCCCUGUUCUUUGAACACUAA